CAAGUGUCCAUUUGCUAAUGUAAUUCCAGGUAGAGACUUAACAUGAAUAAGUUUGUGGUUUUUACAUUGUACUUUGGAAUUACCUCCAUCGCCUUUACAGAAAGUCUCUUCAUAUACAAAUUAAACUACAGAGUAACACCUGAGCCGACAAUAUCUGCGCCGGAUUAUGAUGGCAUUGUCUUCGUAUCAAGUCAGCAGCCAAUUAAUGAUUCGGUGAUACCAGAAGCAAUCAGCAAUGCCAUCUCUAAGGCUGCCAAGGUGAACGGAGCUCUAUACAAAGAGGGCGGAGUGGUAGAAGUUGACGGGAUACCAGCCGGGCGACUUGUGUACGCUCCUGUAGGACCUCUCACUGACUACCAUGACGUCAGGAGCUACGGGGAAGCCGCUAAGAAAGCCAUAGAAAAGGCUCUCAAAGCAAACAUCAAAGCCCCGCUGCUGAUAUUACAUCCCAAUUCAAAUCCAAAAUUUCCACAUGCUGAACUAGUCACCUUAUUGGGGGCUUUAGAAGCUUUAUAUGUCAACAUUCAAUACCGAGAAGAUUGUCCAGACAAAUGCCCGAAGGUGAAGAACCUCGGAGUUUGGGGUCCGGAGUACACAACUACAGUGGACAUUGUAAACAUGGCUGCAAACCUCGAGGACGGAAGGAUCGUAGCCCGAGACAUCACAGACGCAGACCCGGAGCGCAUGUCUCCACUCCGGGUGGAAGAAUACAUCCGGGAAGUGUUCCCUCCAGAGAGUGGAGUCAACAUCUCCGUUAUCUCCGACCCGGAGCAGCUCAAGAAGGAGUUCCCUCUGUUUGCCGCCGUCAAUAGAGCAGCAAGUACGGUGGAGAGGCACGCAGGACGCAUCAUAUUCCUGACGUACGAAAGCAACACUCCCGUGGUGGACACCGUAUUGUUGGUAGGCAAGGGAGUGACUUACGACACUGGCGGAGCGGACAUCAAAACUCAGGGCUACAUGGCGAGCAUGUCCAGGGACAAGGGAGGAGCCGCAGCUGUGGCAGGCUUCAUGAAGGUUCUAGCGGAGACCAGGGUGGGAGGUUUGAAGGUUGUGGCAGCACUGUGUCUGACUCGUAACAGCGUCGGGGAGAACAGCUUCGUAGCUGACGAAGUCAUCACGGCUCGCUCCGGCAAGAGAGUCAGGGUCGUAAACACUGAUGCCGAGGGCAGGAUGGUUAUGGCCGAUCUGCUUUGUUAUAUGAAAGAGCUUGUGGAGAAGGGAAAUGUAGAAAACCCUCACAUAAUAUCAGUAGCCACGCUGACAGGCCAUGCAUUGUCCAGUGUGGGGCCAGGGUACAGUAUUGUCAUGAACAAUGGACCAGCAGCAAAGAGUGCAGAAGGGAAGAUUUUCAAAGAGUAUGGUGAAAAGAUUGGGGAGCCACUGGAAGUUAGCACUCUGAGAAAAGAGGACUUUGAUGUUUACAAAGGGACGGCUCAAGGAGAUGAUUUGGUAAAUUCAAACAAAAACUCAAGAGAGACAGGGAGAGGUCAUCAAGGGCCUGCAGCCUUCUUAAUAAUGGCAUCUGGUCUGGACAAGCAUGAGUUAGACUCGGCGGUUCCCAUCAAGUUCUCCCACUGGGACAUUGCGGGGUCUGUGGGAGACCUGCCUGGCCCCGCUACGGGGGCUCCGGUCCUGGCACUGGCCAACCGGUUCAUCAUGAGACUAGAGGACCCUGCAGAGGAAGGCUUUCACUAAACGGUAAAAACUCAGAGAACUGGAGCAAAUAAUUAAAAUGGAUAGAGCAAAUAAACUGAUCAAAUGAAGCCAAACUGGAAUAAAUAACCAAAAAUAGGAAGAAAAUAGAUUGAGCAAAUAACUAGAAAACAAUAACCAGAAAUAAUGAAUCAAAUAACCAGAAUUAACAGGUAAAAAAAACAAGUAAAUAGUCAGAAUUAACGGAGAAAAUGACUGGAAUAAAUAACCAGAGUAUAUUAACAAUGUAAAUAAUUAGGGAAGAGAAGUUUAAAAGAUGGUCAGACAAACCGAAGAAAAUGACAAAGCAAGUAGCGAGUU